UAAUUCAUUCAUUCAUUAAAUAAGUACAUACAAUAAUUUUUAUCCUUGGUGUAAAUAAAUUGUAUUCAAAUAAUAAUCACAAAAUAAAGAGUGAUAAUUUUUAUUUGACGGCGCCUGACUUUUUCGUCGAAUAUAUCUCGAAUACAACAAAAAAGACGUCCGGUUAACAAUGGCAGGUCCAAUGGAAAGAAUACAAGUUCUCGAUGAUAUUGAAAAGGAUAUUAUUACUUGUCUACAGUGUGCAGCUCAAGCACUUUUAGAGCUAAGUAAAGAAAAGUCAAGCCAGAAGCAAGCAGAGACAAACUCAUCACAGUUUCUAAGGACCCUUAGCCAAGUAGAGUCCAAACUUAGUGAUCAAAUCAAUUACUUAACUCAAGUUUCCACUGGGCAACCUCACGAAGGGUCGGGUUAUGCUUCCCAAAAGGUCCUGCAGAUGGCCUGGCAUAGAUUGGAACAUGUACGGUCAUGGGUCAAUGAACUAGAUCGACUGAAAGCAUCUCAUUUGGCAGCUAAUAGCCGCAAUGUAGCAACCAGCAAUGUGCCUAAUGGUAACAUGACAUCAGCUGGAACAAGUACCUGAUACUGAAUUCGGUGUCAGCAGAUGUUGCUGUUAUGUAUGUGUUUUAUUGCCUCUUGUGAGCAUUUUAGUAUGUAUUGGUUUAGGUCUAAAAUUUAAAAUGUUGUGUAAUUCUGUCUUCACUUAUUUCGUAACUUUUUUUGUUCUACAAAACCUGUGUUUUAUUUAAUUUUCAUAGGAUAUGACAUAUUAAUGAAAAAAUCAUUGUCAAUCAAAAAAUAAUUAUAUUAACAUAGGCAAUUGUAAAUUCAAACACUAAAUAUUGUCUCUCAAAAUUAUUGUUUAGAACCCCGAAUGAUAACUACUAUGUAUAUAAAUAACAAAUAAAUGUAGCAAUUAUUUGCUUAUUUUAUAAGCUUGUCAAUUAAAGUAAUGUAGUUUAGCUAAAAUGUGUAUUCCAAAUAACCAAUUACAUACAUGUCAUAAUGUAUAGAAAUAAGACUAUGCAGGUUUACAACUUAGAGAAUGAAAAAAAAUUAGUUUCCAUAGUCUAAGGUUUACAAGUACAUAUAAGUCGUAUGUAAAUUACAUUUUAGUUUUAACAGCAAUAAAGAUGAAUUGGUGCAAUGUACUUAGUAGUCUCUGGUAUAAACUAAUGGCACAUUUCCACCGGUUAACAGGCAAGUGUCACUUGCCCUUGUCAAAGUAAUCUACCCAAAACGCGGCAGACAAC